GUUUAGUUUGACUUUUAAAUAGGUUGAGGAGGUUUCUUUGAUAUUGUAACUAAAGUGUAAAGCGUGUUCACAAUGUGCGGAAUUUUUGGUUAUUUGAACUACUUGACCCCGAAGAAGAGGGAAGAAAUCUUAGAAUUAUUGGUAAACGGUCUCAAACGAUUGGAAUACCGUGGAUAUGACUCAGCUGGUGUAGCUGUCGACUCUCCCGAAGCCAAGGAUAUCUUCAUCAUUAAAAAAACUGGCAAGGUCGCACUGCUCGCCGAAGAGAUAAAGAACAAAAGUAAUAUCUUAGACAUGGAAAAGUCGAUGGACAUCCAUUGCGGUAUUGCUCAUACGCGUUGGGCCACUCACGGUGUCCCCAACGAAGUAAACAGCCAUCCGCAAAGAUCAGACGACGAAAAUGGAUUUGUAGUCGUCCACAAUGGUAUCAUCACAAACUACAAAGAAGUCAAGGUUUUCCUUGAGAAGAAAGGACACAGAUUCGAAAGUGACACCGAUACCGAAAUAAUCGCAAAAUUGAUUUACCAUUUUUACAAGCAACAUCCUAAUUAUUCGUUCAGAGAACUCGUGGAGCACGUUGUGCAGCAGUUGGAAGGCGCUUUCGCUCUUUGUUUCAAAUCAAAAUACUUUCCUGGAGAAUGCGUGGCUACGCGAAGAGGUUCCCCUCUUUUAGUUGGUAUCAAAACCGCAACUCGCUUAGCCACCGAUCACGUACCUAUUUUAUACGGAAAAGAACACAGACCUCAUGGACGAGGAGAAUACCCUACAUUACCAAGAACAGGGUCAACAUCUGAAUUUGAACCUCUUGAAGACAAACAAGUCGAAUAUUUCUUUGCAUCAGAUGCUUCCGCAAUUAUUGAACAUACCAACAGGGUGAUUUAUUUUGAAGAUGACGAUGUGGCAGCUGUUAAAAAUGGUUCCCUUAGCAUCCACAGAAUCCGAAGAGCCGGUGAUGACCCACAAAAACGAGAAAUUACCACUUUAAAGAUGGAGUUGCAACAGAUAAUGAAAGGAAAUUAUGAUUUCUUUAUGCAGAAAGAAAUUUUUGAACAACCCGAAUCUGUCAUCAAUACUAUGAGAGGACGUGUUAACUUUGAAAAUGGGACUGUAACUCUUGGUGGAAUCAAAGAUUACAUUCCAGAAGUAAAAAGAUGUAGAAGACUAAUGUUGAUCGGUUGCGGAACCAGUUACCACAGUGCCAUCGCCACAAGGCAGUUGCUGGAAGAACUUACUGAAUUACCCGUUAUGGUGGAAUUGGCGAGUGACUUUUUAGAUCGUACUACACCUGUGUUCAGAGAUGAUGUUUGCUUCUUUAUUUCACAAUCUGGUGAAACGGCAGAUACACUCAUGGCCUUGAGAUAUUGUAAACAAAGAGGUGCCUUAAUUGUCGGUAUUACCAACACUGUCGGAAGUUCCAUUUGUAGAGAAUCCCACUGCGGUGUCCACAUUAAUGCUGGUCCUGAAAUUGGUGUUGCUUCCACCAAAGCAUACACAAGUCAAUUUAUUUCAUUGGUUAUGUUCGCGCUAGUCAUGAGCGAAGAUAGAUUGUCUCUUAGACAGAGAAGAGUAGAGAUAAUUGAUGGUUUAAGAAAUCUGCAGAGUCAAAUCCGCGAAGUGCUUAAACUGGACGACAAAGUUAAAAGUCUCGCUGAAGACUUGUACAAAAAGAAAUCUCUGCUUAUUAUGGGUCGUGGAUUUAACUUCGCUACCUGUCUAGAGGGAGCUUUGAAAGUAAAAGAAUUAACUUAUAUGCACAGUGAGGGCAUUAUGGCUGGCGAAUUGAAACAUGGACCUCUGGCUCUUGUCGAUGAAACUAUGCCGGUAAUGAUGAUCAUGAUGAGAGAUCAUGUUUAUACUAAAUGCAUGAAUGCUCUGCAACAGGUUACUGCUCGCGAAGGCAAACCAAUUUUAAUCUGCCAAGAAGGAGAUAAAGAAACAAUGUCCUACAGCCAAAAAUACCUCGAAAUUCCGAAAACAGUGGACUGCCUUCAAGGAAUCCUAACCGUCAUUCCAAUGCAACUUCUUUCUUUCCACAUCGCUGUACUUAAAGGAUGCAACGUAGACUGUCCUCGUAAUUUAGCCAAGAGUGUUACUGUUGAAUAGUGUUUUUAUAUUAUUUGUAAGAUCAAAUCAUAAUUCUGAUGGGACCAGAAUUAAAAGUAUUCUACAUUUAGGUUCGACAUUUUUUACCUUUUUACAAAAUUUUAGGCGUCAAACGCACUUGUUGAUUUUUUUGUGUACAAAUGCAGCGUUCUAUAGAUGAAAUUCUAUUUACAAUCGUUUCAAAUAGUUUGAAAACUACGUUAAUAAUUAUUAAUACAGUUACCUUAACUAAUCUAAAAAGUAUAUUUUAACUUUGGAUUUGAACAUUACAUUUUUAUAAUAAUGGUUCCCAAAAUGAGAUUAGUUAUAAAUGUUGGAUGUUAUAUUUGUAAAAAUUAAAUCGGCAAAAACUUUAGCAACUGUGUUAAACAUUUUUAAAUUAUCUUUAUACAAUCAAUUGUUGCUCCGACAAAUUCAUUUUAAGUAUGUGAUAAAAACACUGAUAUUAAUUUACACAGAAUAUAUUGUUUUAGAAUGAAGCCCUUCAGCCAAACAUCUUUUAAGGUGAAUAAAUUCAGUGGAAAUU